CCGCUUCCCGCGGAAAGGGCGAUGGCGGCCGGGCUGCUGCUGGCGGCGUUGGGCGCGGCGCUGGGUCUCUUCACCUCGGCGGGGAAGAUGAAGAUCGUGGAGGAGCCCAACACGUUCGGGUUGAAUAACCCAUUCUUGCCUCAAACAAAUAGGCUCCUGCCAAAGAUGUCCCCGUCUGCAGUAUCAGGUACAUGCAAGCGUUACCUUUUUUUUUUGUACGGUUUUCAUUAUUUAGCAACAGUUGUUUGCAAUGCAAAUUGUCUACUUUGACUUUAUGCAGCCACGACCUAAUUUUGCAUGUCAUUCUGUAAGCAUCACGGAAAAUAAGCAUGGCAAAUAUAUUUUAUUGUGCUUCUGAAGGGUUAAAACCUAGGUUAACCUCAUUGGUGUUCCAUGUCUGUAGUGGGUUGACCCUGGUCUGGAUACCAGGUACCCACUAAAGCCGCUCUCGCUCUCCUUGUGCAAGUGGACAGAGGAAAGAGAAAAAAAACCCAAACGGCUAAGGAUUCAUGACUUGAGAUAAGAGCUGGGAGAGGUCAGUUACUAAUUACCUUCACGGGCAAAACAGACUCAAAGUGUGGAUAGUACUUAUAUUUAUUACUAACAGGAUAAGAGCCAA